UAUGUAAGAAAGUUUAGCGAAGAUUUUUUGGUGGCAUUUGUAAAAUGAAAUUGUCUUUUUCAUUUUGUUUUCAAGUAUUUGUAUUAUUAUUGGCUUUCAUCUGUUUAAUAGAUACUCAAAGCCAUCAGCCAAAAAUGAGUAGAAUGAUGAGGGUUGGUCGAGCUGCUGCUCCUCCGCCUAAUAGAGGAUACAAGAAGAUGAGGAUUUUUCCAAGAGUAGGACGAACAGUUCCUUUAAACGAAGACGAGAAAUUUUCAUUGCCUUGUACAUUAGCUGUUUUAAACUAUGAUAAGUCUGAGAAUAUGGAACCAGAAGAUGACUUGGAAGCUAUUGUUGGGCCACCAUACACAAACCCAGAAUAACUAAUUCUUUAACAAAUAAAAUCCGUCAUUUUGCAGAAUACUUGGUAAAUGUUUAUAAAUUUUGAAUCAUUUUCAAUAGUUUUCAACUGUUUUUGAAAAUAAAAUGUAUAUAAAAGUAA